AUUGUCUCUACCACCAUUCUCCCCCUCUUUGGCUUUCCUCUCAACAAAGCUUUUCCCCUCUAAUCUUCCACGCUGUUGCUUCUCUCUCACGCCAUAUAUGCUCAUGCUUACCUUCCACAUUCCGCCAUUAAUUUAUUUAAAAAGUUAUAUUUUAUAGUAAAUAAUUAUUAUGAAAUUCACCGCCUUCUGUACCUUUUGACGGUAAAAGGUCAAAACGGCCGCUGCCAUUCGCAUCGAAGAUAGUACUUCUGUUGGGAGCGAAUAGGCCGGAAACGAAAAUAUAAGAACUAUUUGAUUGGAUCAAUUUCAAAUUUGAUUUCAAAAUUCCUCUUUGUCGAAUGAUAGAUUUUAAUUUCCUUCUUCUCCUGUUGAGAUCUUAACAUAAAAGGUAAAAUAAAAUGCAGCAACAAGAAGCUUCUUCAAGGCCUCAAAGCUCCGCUUAUCUCAACAAGCUCUCCCUAGAAAUCGAGAAAAAGCUUCAGCGGGCAUUAGCGUCUCCAACUCAGAGACGCAACUUAUUACAAGAACUAUUUGCAGAUAUAGCUUUGGAAGUCGAUGAUCGAGCCAAAGAUAUAAUCCUAAGUAGAGACGAAGAUGCAAUAACUCCUGCCGAGUAUGGUGCUAAUGGUCGAUUAUGCUUUUACGAUGUCCUUGCGGAUUACUAUAUUCGAUCCCCUGAUAGCGGAAAGCCAAUCCUUGAUCUGAUUGUGCAACUAUGGAGCCAAUCAUUCGCAUCUCACAUUUUUUCCCUUUUAUUCCAUAAAUGGUUAUUUGAAGUUCAACUGGAUAAUGCAGAGGUACAACUUCGUUAUUCCUCUGCACUUGUUCAGGGUGCAACAAAUGUUUUCUGGAUGGAUAUACAAUCAAAUACAAGGUGUUUCCAGUCUCUCUUUCAGUACCUCCUUGACGGAGUCACAUUGGAGUCGACACGGUUAAAAAAAAUUCCAAUACAGGCCCAGCGAGAUCUUUAUCUUCUACUUUCAAGGGAUUCCUUUUAUGAUGUUUUAUUAUAUGCAGUUGAAAAAAUUGAAAGCUUCCUAAAGCAAUGCCCCGUGUUUCCAAAUUCUUUCCUGAUUGGUGGACCAGCAGAUAUACUUGUUAUUGAACUAGCCGACCAGCUUCAAAAAUUAAAGGUUGAGCCGGUCUUACUGCAUUAUCUUUCGCAGGUUAAGAUUCUCCGAGGCAUGGAACUGAGAAUGGCGACAAGUACAAGGCUGAAGACCUGUCUGUAUAGCUUUACCUCACCUGGUGGUCCAAUGUAUCCUACAAGGGCUGUCCGUCAUGCAGCUUGGGAUGCCUUAGAUUUCCUUUUUCCUGUAGGGCGUUACCCACGACAUCUAAUAAGUUUGUUCUUUAGACUGUUAUAUCCCUGGUAUUGGCCGUCUUCAUGUUGGAACUUUAUAGUGUCAUGCAUAAAGGCUGUGUUCCAUUCCCUGUUGAGGGUGAUCCAUUCCAGGUGGGGGAAGCUUAGAGAGCCUAAAACGGCUUAAACCCAUCCUUUCGUCCUCUCCGUUUCAAUAAAUUUAGGUUUGUAUGAUUUCAUGUAUUAGGUAUAUUGUUUUCCUUUUUUAUUGUAUGUGUUUGCCUUUUAGAUAGAGUCCUGAUCCUCGUGUAAACUCAAAAAGGGUUUUUUGGUAAUGAGAAUGUGUUUUGAGAUUAGUUA